UUAUAGUGACUCCAGCUGCUCCUCUAAGUCGGGUCACAACAAUCAGGCUGCAGGAGGAGGAGAGUCUGUCUAUGUGAUGAAGGAAAACGGGAAAACACAAACUCUCCGCUUAAUCCUCCUGAUCCUGAUGCAAUAAAUCCACAUCACACUCGUCUCUGUUGACGAUGAACUCAGACAGAGCAGCCCGGACUCACUUUGUCCAACUUUUCCUCGAGUUUGGAGGAGCUGAGAUGAGGAGCAGAGCUUGAAGAUUUUCACUGUACAAACAAGAGUGCAGCUCUCCAGGUGGUCAUCAUGUCCCUGUGGAUGAUCCUUCCUGUCAGCCUGCCGGUCUUCACCAUCACUGGAAUAUGGGUUGUAUAUGCGAUGGCCCUGUACAACCAGCACGUCUGCCCAGUACAUAACUGGCUUUAUAAUGAGUCAUGCGAGGAGCAGCUUCCAUUACAGAGGGGUCCUGUACUCUGUUGCACCCUGGACAACAUACCACUCAUUAGUAAAUGUGGAACCCUGCCACCUGAAAGCUGCUUUUUCAGCCUCAUAUGCAGCACUGGAUCCUUUAUGGUGAUGAUGAUUGGCCUGCUGCGUUACGCUCAUGUGAUCGAGAAGCACCAGAACUGUAUUCUGAACACAGCGGGCCUCUCCACAGCUUGGAUCUGUGCCGCCGGCCUCAUCAUGGUGGGAAACUUCCAGGUGGAUUUUGCCAAAGUCCUCCACUACGUUGGAGCUGGAGUUGCUUUCCCGUCCAGCAUGCUGUUUGUGUGUCUGCAGUCGGCACUGACCUACAGACUGGCCAAGACCCAGGAGGAGUACCGGAUAGGUCACCUACGCGUAGGGAUGACCCUGCUGGCGCUGAUCGCCCUGGUGCUUAGUGGAGUUUUCUUUUGCCAGGAGAGCUUCGCCCUGCAGCACGCCUCCGCCAUCUUUGAGUGGGUCUACUGCACGCUCAUCAUGCUCUUCUACGGGACUUUUGCAUUUGAGUUCGGGGGCAUGUCAGGGGACACCCUGAUGGUCCUGUCCAGAGGAGGGGGAGUACAGAGCUUCUCCACCUCUGAACACAAGUCAGAGGUGGGUGGAGGGUCCAACCACCACCCGACAGAGAAUUUAUCGAUGCUGUAGCUGAACUGCAGCGUGCUUCAGUUCCCCUGGAGGUCAAAGGGCGACACAUGGACCAAUCUGGAAGACACCAGAAACCAACGUCUAGAGCCGGGAAGCUGCAUCCUGCAUAUCACCACGCUCACUAUUGCACAAAGCCAAAGUUGCUCUACUCAGCAGUGACCAAAGACUGACAGACUUUAAUGACUUUUAUGCUGCUUUGUAAAAGUGCAGGCUACACUGCAAAACAUUGCACAAUGUUCUAAGUGCCUUCUUGAACACAAAGGCCAGCAAAGACAUACGCAAGUACACACACAAUCCUGGAUGUUUGUUUUAAUUCUCUCAAUGUAACAAUCAGUCUGUGGAUUCUUGGCUGCAGUUGCCUUUUAUCAGAUGGAACAUCCUGAAGGUGCCUCAGAUGUCGCUCCGCAGCGUCGGUAUCAGUGUUUGUUUUCAUAUGUAGACGUUAAGACACUGAGCUCCGUUUUGUUUUAACUCAGGAAGUUUUGUUACAUCAUCAGCUUUCACUCUUUACCUCGAUAAUAAGGUGAAGUUUUCCAAAAACCUGACAAUAGAUGGACGGUUACUGUGUGCCAAGAAAAAAAAUGUUUUCAUUAAAAGUGGUUAAAAGACAUUUGUGUGUUUGCCCAAAACUAUGGCAGGAAUAUCUGUCCUUGUGUUGAACAAUUUUUAGUGUUUUUCUAAGUUUAUCUUUAUAAUUCAAGUGAUUUGGACUCUUUAUGGUGAUGUUGCCCCAAUAACUGUCUCUUAUUGCCCAAAUAAGCUCUGUUGUAUAUUUUUGUUCCACUUCAGCUCUUUGCCAAAAACAGUUGUAUCAUUGCUCUCAGUAACAACAACUUCUUACAGCUUUAACGGGACCAAAGUAUAAAGUAGAGAAUUAUCAUAUACAGAAAUACUUUUCCAGAAAAUAAAAUAAUGUAUGCAGAGAACAAAGAAUUAAAGUAAAUAGAAAAAAAUUCCUUUUUUUAUAUGUUUUUCAUCAUUUUGUGUUUCU